UUACGAGUCAGCAAAAGUUUUUAUUAUCAUUUCGAGCCGAUGUUGCUCCGUCGAGUUAUGUUUCCCAAACCUGGCCUAAAGCCAAAGGAUACAGGCUACAUAUUGGAUCAACAUAUCAAGAGCCUAACCACCAAGGGAAAUAUCCUUGCUCAGGCUUUGAGGCGCCAUUUACACAACAUUCAGGAAUUAGAACUGUACUCUCAUGUUACCGAAGCCCUGGAAACGAUUGUGAUGGAGGCUGAGCACAACGGCGAGGAGGAAAAGGAAAAAGGGGAGGAGAAGGGAAAUGAAGAAGUGAAAAAAAAGAAAGUGGUAACAUGCACACGACUGACCAGAAUCAAGGUGCAUACUAUAGAAAGACUCGGCGAAGACAAAUUCCUGACUCUCCUGGAACAUAAUCCAGAUCUUGUGGAGCUCUUGAUUCCAUCAUCUCUAUUGACCUCAUCAGCCGCAUUUAUUACAAGGUUCUUAAAGGUUCUCGAGACAAGAUUACCGCAUCUCAGAGUAUUAACUAUUGGAGGUGGUGGAAUACUUCCUAUCAGCGCUGCUGUUCCUAUAAUUAGCACUUGUAGUGACAGCAGGAUUAAAUUUUUACGAUUGCUUCGAAAACUCCCCACGGCCGCACAGGUGGCGGUCCUUCAGCACUGUGGUCCCAGCUUGGCACAUUUCGUCAUCACUACGCCACUUGACAUGAGGGUUGCUCAGACAAUUCGUGACUAUUGUCCAAAUAUUCAACGUCUCUUAUCAGAGUAUAUUCACAUCUUUUCAGAAGAACAGUACCAUGUUCUCGAAGGCUUUCUAGACGCAUGCAAACCAUCUACAGCAGUUCAUAUGGCCCAGCAACAGUCAUCACAUAAAGGGCUUAAAACCUUUCACACGAUGAAUUUUCAGGACAGCUUGAUGGAUGCGUUAUUGGAAAGUCAUGAGACAUUAGAGGAUGUCAUCUUUAUGGAUCAGCAAGUAUCUAGUCAACAAUUUCAGCGGGUAUUGACUACAUGUGUCUCUUUACGGCAUCUCUCUACAUGGUCAUACAACAAAAGCCGACCUAAUAUCACUUUCCGAGAUAUUAUUGGUAGUCCAGAAUGGGUCUGCAGGAAUCACCAGUUUCUUUAUCUACGGAUAAGUGACUCUGUUAAUGAGGAUGAUCUCAUGGAAUAUGGAGAUUUGGCACUGAGACAUCUCAUCGGACUCAAGAAGUUAAGACGCCUCAAAGUCCCAAUUAGCGUCUGGCAUGGUGUAGGGCAGGAAGAAUAUGAGUUCAUUGUGAAAGAAUGGCCACGGUUGAACCAAGUCGAGCUAACAUUAAACGAUACGGGCGGCCAAACCAUCGACGACUUUUGGCUAUUGGGCAAUACGGAUCAUUGGAAGUGGUUCAAGCAGCGACGACCAGAUCUGAAGUUGAUGUGCGCCAACGCUGGAGCCGUUCUUUAA